CCAGUCGCCGGCAAGGAUUGAAUCAGAGGUGAAAGUGUCUUAGAUCGUCGUUGGAGCAGGCGCUGUGCUGAAAGUAUAACUUAUAAGUAAAUCGAAAGUUCACUAUCACUUCUUAGCUGGAUAUCGAGUUUUCAGCAUGGCCGACAAGAGGCUGUGGUUUUUCUGUUUUUUGCUUCUAGGCGCAGUUUUUGCCCAAGACGAAGGCGACGAAGACGAAAAUGAUUCAUCCGCUGAAGAACUUUGUGAAAACAGACCUGCUGAUGAAUAUUUCCGCCUCACAACAGAUGGAGACUGCAGAGAAGUGGUCAGGUGCGAUAUGAAUUCAGAUGCCAAAGGCGUCACAAGAUUGGCAUCAGUAAAAUGUCCGACAGGACUAGCAUUUGAUCUCGAUCGUCAGACAUGCGAUUGGAAAACCAAUGUCAAAAAUUGCGAUCGUUUAGAAAAACCAAGAAAAGUUUUACCAAUAUUCAAAACAGAUGAACCACAAUGUCCGGAUGGAAAACUGAUGUGUGGUAACAAAGAAUGUAUCGAUAAAGAACUGUUUUGUAAUGGCAAACCUGAAUGUAAAGACGAAUCAGAUGAGAAUGCAUGUGAUGUUGAUACCGAUCCAAACCGUGCUUCCGAUUGUGACACCACUCAAUGUGUUCUACCUGACUGCUUCUGUUCUGCUGACGGUACUAGAAUACCAGGCAAUUUGGAAGUCGCCAACGUCCCACAGAUGAUAACUCUUGGAUUCAACGGAGCCAUCAAUGUAGACAACAUAGACUUAUACGAAGAAAUCUUUUCCGGAACUCGCCUCAAUCCCAACGGCUGCCAGAUCCGUGCAACUUUCUUCGUUAAUCACAAGUACACCAAUUACUCCGCUGUGCAAGACUUACACCGACGAGGACACGAAAUUGCCGUGUUUUCCUUGACCCAUAAAGAAGAUCCAGAGUACUGGUCCCAAGGUUCUUACGACGAUUGGUUAGCUGAAAUGGCGGGAGCUCGUUUAAUCAUCGAAAGAUUCGCAAACAUAACUGAUGGAUCGAUUAUAGGUGUGAGAGCGCCUUACUUGAGAGUUGGAGGCAACAAACAGUUCGAAAUGAUGACUGACCAGUUCUUCGUUUACGAUGCCUCCAUUACCGCUUCUCUAGGUCGUGUACCAAUUUGGCCUUACACCUUAUACUUCAGAAUGCCCCACAAGUGUAACGGAAACGCCCACAAUUGCCCCAGUAGAAGUCAUCCAGUUUGGGAAAUGGUGAUGAAUGAGUUGGAUAGACGUGAUGAUCCCACCUUUGAUGAAUCCCUUCCUGGUUGUCACAUGGUCGAUUCUUGUUCCAAUAUCCAAACCGGGGACCAGUUUGCCCGGCUCUUGAGGCACAACUUCAACAGACACUUCAACAGCAACCGCGCACCCUUAGGCCUGAAUUUCCAUGCUUCCUGGUUGAAAAGCAAGAAAGAAUUCAAAGACGAGCUCAUAAAAUUCAUUGAAGAGAUGUUGGCGCGUAACGAUGUUUACUUCGUAACCAACUUGCAGGUCAUCCAGUGGAUGCAGAAUCCUACCGAAAUCAAUGGUCUCCGCGAUUUCCAAGAAUGGAAAGAAACAUGUGAUAUUAAAGGGCAACCCUACUGCUCUCUGCCCAAUUCAUGUCCUCUUACCACCAGAGAACUUCCAGGAGAAACCUUGAGGUUGUUCACCUGCAUGGAAUGUCCCAACAACUACCCUUGGAUCUUGGAUCCUACAGGAGACGGAUUCUCAGUUAGAAAAUGAUUUUUCCAGCUUUUAUCAUAAAGACUCUUAGAUUGUUUCAUUUGAACAUUCAUUUAGAAUUUUGGUAGGAGAUGAAUGAAAUGAUAUUUCGAAACCAAUGUGAAUUGUUUUUUCAUUUCAUACCAUCAAAUAUUUAUUGUAAUGAGAUACUUUGAGGCCUGUGAGUUUAUGGAAUAGAUAUUUACCAGGGUCACUCAAAUAUGUAUUUUUCUGUUAAAAACUGCAUUAAUUGCGAAAUAAGUUCCGAAAUAGGGCGGUUUGAUGAGACAUGUAAGAUCUCUAUUUUUUUUUUAGACAACAUAGGUACUUUUCGGGUGAGAUAUGACUUUGAAAAUUAUCAGUCAACUUGCUUUUCUUUUCAAUAAAUGCGGUGAACAAUCUAUUUUCCGUUCUUUUUCAUGGAAAGAGGAAGUAGCAUUCACCUAUGACACUUUUAUCUACUUUGUAUUUCAUCAGAGAAACAUCCUUGCUUUCAAAGUUGUUCACCUGAGCAUUUAACUGACAUUUAUUCUACUUGCCAACUUUCUAUUUCUCCAUUUUAUUUUCAUAGAAUGUUAAGCUAUUUGUUGAAUAAAAUUAUUAUAAAAAAAA